AAGUCAUCUUUAAAUUACAUACAGUAGUUAAGCGGUGGUAAAGCAGAUGAAAAGUUUACUGUAAAGAUUGGCAACUAUUUCGCAAAUGAUCGAUGGGAUUUUAAAUGUAAUUAAUUAACAAAGGACGAUUGCGUGCACAUAUAUUAUGAGAAAGCUGUUAGGUAUGACAUAAAGUAAAAUAAAUUUUUCGUUAACUUGUCAGUGUUUAGGCGUAAGUGAUUGUUAAUAGGACUGUGUUAAAUAUGUCUUAUUUGUCUUCCAGGGCUACAGAACAAUACAAAGUAGUAUCGGAUAUAAAUUGAACUAUUCCUGUAAGAAUUUCCAAUGAUAUAACUCUGAGGAGGAACAACACGCCAUUUUUCAAGUGCAUCAAACUAAUAUUGUAUUGGAUCUGGGCCGAACGGAUGAAUUACUUCUGACCUCAGCGGAACUGAAUUACUUCCACUGCAUUAAACUGUGUUUAUAUUCGAUUAAGGAUUUGUGGUUGUAAUUAGAAGAACGCAGACUUUGUUUACUGUGCAUAUUGUGGUAAAUUUCAUUUAUUUGUGUUAAUAUUUAGUGAAAAAUCCUAAUAGUGAUUAUGGAUAUUAUGCGCCACGUGUAUGUUCUGCUUUUUAUUAUUGUGCAUGCAGGACACGUGCAUUGUGAUCAUGAAAACAUAACUACAGAUAUACCGGAUGAAACACUUAUCUAUGCCAGGUGUCUGGCCCGAUGCUACGAUCUGUAUGGACAAGCAACAGACAGAAGUGGGGAACAGUACGCUUCCAAAGUCUGUGACAGUCCGGCGUGUCUGCAGUGCUUACUGCCAUGUAACGUUUCAACAGUGAUGCUGGACAAGUGCGGAAACGAUCUUUGUGGAGAGGACGACCGGUGUCUAUCCAGCUGUGCCUUUUUACAGAAUGUUCAUGAAGAGUUCAAAUCACUCCAAGAUACGAAGCAAAGGGAUUCCUUGACUGAUUUAAAACCACCAGAAAUUGUUUGUAAAAAUGUACCAUAUGGUAGAAAUAACUGUCCAGACCCGAUUGCUACCAUGUACCUCAAGUUAAACGAUAGACCUGCGCUUGAUAAAACUGCACCAGUCUUUAUAAUAAGUGCACGUUACAUACACGAAUGGAAUGAGAUAAGUAACUGGACAAAAAUUGAAACAACCACCGAAACGUUUGUGAAGAUUAAAAACCUACGUUGUAGCACAGCAUAUCAGUUCAGGGUAACUGCCGUACUGUCCAACGGUAUGUACGGUCAGAGCAGACCGUCAGCGUGGAGUAAAACUCCCGGCUAUAAUUACACGCCUGAACCACCUAAAUCACUAACUGUUUCCGAACCAAGUCUUGUUAAUCUGAAACCUAGUGUGACGGUGACCUGGGACCCAGGAACAGAGACUCCAUGUUAUUACAAGAUAUUUUGGUUUGAUCAAACAGUGUAUAUGCAAGCCGAAAUUAAGGUACCUCGACAAUUCAGUUACCAGAUUGACAACCUAAAAUUUUCAAAAAACUAUACUAUCAGACUGUACAGUAUAGACGAUGCUUUCCAGCACACGAGCGAGGACAAACGAGUGUAUGCUAUAACCCCGGACUGCUUGGAAGCCACUGGAUACAACCAUUCAGUCUGCGCUCCCGAAAAACCUCACAAUCUGACGCUUGAUGUUCUAACUCCCUCUCACAAAGAUGUGAAUGUAAGAUACGUCAAUGUAACACUUUCAUGGGAAGCACCGACACAAACACAUAACGGAGAUGACGUACUACGUUACAUUUUAGUGUACCGGAAGGAACCCCCGUAUGAUGUAGCGAAACAUCUUGAACCUCAUAAAGCUGAAGUGUACUUAAACGGCUCGAAAACGUCCGUGACACUUGUUAACUUGCACAACCACAAUCUUUAUAGCUUCGAAUUAUCUGCAGUAACAACAGGGGGCAAGGGAGAUAGUGAGUUCAUCAAAGUCUAUAUCGAAACGGCUACAAAGAACAACUCGAAUUAUGGUCUUUAUACUCCAGAGGAAACUGGUACUGAAGAGCCAGGCAUCCCUCAGCAAACUGAACAAGAUUCUUCGAGCGGUCUGAGUGUAACGGAGAUUCUGUCUGUGGUACUGGUACCUGUAGUCCUGUUUGUCAUCCUCAUCUUUGCCAUUGGGUUUAUCAUCGCCAAGCGGAGAAGAAAGUACAAGAAAUAUCCUUCACAGAGACGGUUUGGUCCUGUUGAGGAAAUGAAUCCUAUAUAUGACGGAAUGGCUUUGAACAUUGAUAGUACAAAGGCAGCACAAUUUGCAAUGGAUGGCUAUGAGAUAGAUUACUCCUGCCUGGAUUUUAUCUCUGUCAUCGGGGAAGGAGCUUUUGGUAAGGUCGUCAAAGCAGAAUAUUACCCAAAUCCAAGUGACAGGGGAAAUCAGCAGGGCAAGAUUGUUGCUGUGAAAAUGCUUAGAGAUUUUUAUACCGGUGAUGAGUCCAGAAAUUUUCUGCUAGAGAUACAGGCUAUGAAGAAUCUAGGACAUUAUCCCUACAUUGUAAGCAUUAUUGGAUGUUGCCUAACAGGACCGAAAUUGUGCCUCAUUAUGGAUUACUGUGCCUUAGGGGACCUCAGAAACUAUCUCAGGAAAUACAGAGAAAAGCUGAUGUACUCUAUGUCCUCACCAUAUGGCCUGAUGACAAAAGCGCCGAACUGCUAUAUGCAAGACCAAAUGUUUCGGCCAGAGAAGCAGACCAGUGACGGUAGUGGAAAUUCAGAUCUGAGCGAAGCUGCUGACGUUUCAGAAGCACAGUUGCUUUCGUAUGCAAGACAGGUUACAAUGGGAAUGGAAUUUCUUGAACAGAGGAAGUUUGUUCACCGCGACCUAGCUGCAAGAAAUAUAUUACUGUAUGACCACCGGCAUGCAAAAAUCUCUGAUUUUGGUCUGACACGCGACGUGUAUGAAACCAAUGUAUAUCAACCCACAUCAGCCAGAAAAUUGCCUUAUAAAUGGAUGGCAAUUGAGUCUUUAUUUAGUCAAAGGUUUACUGUAAAGAGUGAUGUCUGGUCAUUUGGAAUCGUGUUGUGGGAGAUCGUUACCCUUGGUGGGUCUCCGUAUCCCAGCAUUCCUCUCAAAGACUUGUACGGACUACUCAACGAUGGUUACAGGAUGGAGAAGCCCGAAAAUUGUAGUACUAAAAUAUAUCAAAUCAUGCUAUCAUGCUGGCACCCCAAUCCGCAUAGCAGACCAACUUUUAGUCAGUUGAGGCAAGAAUUGGAGAAAUUGUUAGAAGAAACCAUGUCCUAUAUCGAUCUGUCGGUAGAAGUUAGUGAAGAUUAUUUCAAUGAGUCGACAAAUGAGUCAAAUGUUGUUGGAUAUCAAACGUCAGAUUCUAAAGAUACAGUGUUGGAGAUGGAUGCUGAUAAAAGUCCUGAGUUCACGGAAAACCAGAAACUUUUCGUAGAUAUACAUAAACAACCGAAAUCUAUUGAUACACUUCAUGAAAGUAAUGCUGGAAACGACAUGUCAGAGGAAAGGAUGCUAUACAAUGAUUCAGAUUAUCUAGAAAGCACGCUAAAUAGAACAUGUGAUUUUUGUGGCGAAGAAAGACCGCUUCUUAGUGGAAAUCAGCCAAACAAAAUUGUGGAUUGUAAAAAGUGCAUAUUGUGCUCUAAUGAUAAUAUGACAACGUCUGUUGAUUCAUUGAAAGGGAAGCCAUGCCAUUUGGUGAAGUCAGUUUUCCAAGACAGUUUACGAAGCUUGCUUGACAAUGUUGCUAAUGAAAGCACAUUUUCAAAACCCUCAUCAAAGAAGCUAUGUGUAAGUCUGACAGACAUAAAUGAUGACAAAGACAUACACUCGACAUCUUUGUAACGCUCAUAUAAUAAAUCAUUCCACGACAAAAAAUAAACAUAAUUUAUUUCUUAUAUUUUGGACAUUGCAUGAGCAUGCAAAUGAUUGACGGUCCGGACGAAAUGGCCCAUUGGAAAGUCAUUCAUAUUGUGUACCAAAAAUUAUUUUCUUUAUUUCCUUUCAGAUUACACAGAUAAACUCAAGAAUUCGUUAUUGCAUAUACAAUAAUACAACAUUCAGUAUUAACACAUCCAUAAAGACAGAAGUUCAUAAACAGCAGAGUAAUACAGGAUGUAGAUUAUUUUUAGAAUAGCCGUAGUAAUAAAAUAGGUUACCAUGAUUUACAGACAUCCAUAUAUGAGCCGUGCCAUGGGAAAACCAACAUAGUGGGUAUGCGACCAGCAUGGAUCCAGACCAGCCUGCGCAUUCGCGCAGUCUGGUCAGGAUCCAUGCUGUU